UCCACUAGUCAAAUGUCAUUUCUCGCGACAUCACAUGACACGUGACCUAGGGCUCCAACGUAGUACUCGCAAAAAGACGAAGAAAAUCGCAAACUUGACUUCUGCUACCUGCUGAAAUAAUGCUUCGUCGUUGAAAGAUGUUGCGAGCAUUUCAGGCACAUUUCCUAUUUCUGCGCAAGUUGAGCCUCGUAAUCGGAAUCUUACUACUGUGCAGUGUAUCGCGACAUGUGUCGCACGGGAUAGAAACGACUAACCUUAAAAACGAGAAUAUCAUCAUCAGUAACAAGACCGCGUUUGCAGUGACGAACAGCCCGGGUGUCUUGUCAAACGUCACGUCAAACGUCAAAAAUGUCUCGACAGAAUCGUCCAGCACAGCGCGCCCGGCGAACAGUACAAAUGUCACCGAUAGUCGCAACCCUAGUUCGACCUCCACCGUGAAGUCUCCUCCUGUCACAUCUAUAAAUACGCCUGUACAGACAGACGACAAUAAUGUCAUCGGCGACCGGACGACGGAGAGGAUCGGUACCGAGUCGCCGGGUCCAGUCAAUGAUAAGAAUGCAACUGACAUCUCCAUACCAUCGCAAAGUCCAGAUGUUGUCAACACAACGAACACUAGCACGACCACUGUGGCUCCUGCAGAACCGGUUCUUCCUGACAAAGGUUCCGCCGAGGAGGAGCACAACAGCUCGAUGUCCAUCUUCUUCGUGUUGUGUGUCUUGGCGCUGGGAAUAUUGUUGAUACAUCUGAUGCUGCAGACCAAUUUCCAGUAUCUUCCCGAAUCGGUGGUGAUUGUCUUCUUGGGAGCUGCAAUUGGCAUGAUAAUCAAUCUCAUGUCGCACCAGAAUAUAGCCAACUGGAGGAAGGAAGAGGCCUUCUCGCCGACUGCGUUCUUUCUGGUUCUACUUCCACCCAUUAUAUUCGAAUCGGGGUACAAUCUGCAUAAGGGAAAUUUUUUUCAAAACAUUGGCAGUAUUCUAGUAUUUGCCAUUUUUGGAACGGCUAUCUCCGCGUUCGUCAUCGGCGCUGGGAUAUAUUUGUUGGGUCUGGCGCAAGUAGCAUACAAGCUCAGCUUCGUCGAGAGUUUUGCAUUUGGAUCACUGAUAUCUGCUGUGGAUCCUGUCGCCACGGUUGCAAUUUUUCAUGCUCUUGAUGUAGAUCCAGUUUUGAACAUGUUGGUCUUUGGAGAAUCGAUUCUGAACGACGCUAUUUCCAUUGUACUGACGACUUCUGUCUUGGAGUCCAAUAAUGCGACGACGACCAGCGAAGCUAUAAUACUUUGCCUGAAUCGAUUUUGCCUCAUGUUCUUCGCAUCAGCUGGAAUCGGAGUUGUUUUCGCUUUAAUAAGUGCAUUAUUGUUAAAACAUGUAGAUCUUAGGAAGAAUCCGUCUUUGGAGUUUGGCAUAAUGUUAGUGUUCACAUAUGCCCCGUACGUUUUAGCAGAAGGCAUACAAUUGUCAGGAAUUAUGGCAAUUCUGUUUAAUGGAAUAGUCAUGUCACAUUAUACACAUUUUAACUUGUCAACUGUUACGCAGAUUACAAUGCAGCAAACAAUGCGAACACUAGCCUUUAUAGCUGAAACUUGUGUUUUUGCAUACUUGGGAUUAGCGUUGUUUAGUUUUAGACACAGGUUUGAACCAGCAUUAGUUGUUUGGUCCUUAAUCUUGUGUCUGAUUGGAAGAGCUGCCAACAUCUUUCCAUUGGCCUUACUUGUUAAUCGUUUCCGCGAGCAUCAAAUUACAAGGAAAAUGAUGUUCAUCAUGUGGUUUAGUGGUCUGCGAGGUGCUAUAUCAUAUGCAUUAUCGCUUCAUUUAGAUUUCAGUGAUGAAACACGCCAUGUUAUUAUAACUACGACACUCAUAAUCGUAUUGUUUACGACGUUAAUAUUCGGCGGUUCUACUAUGCCUCUAUUGAAAUUCUUGAGGGCCGAAAAGAAACAGAAAAGCAAUAGCAGAAGAAAGAAGAAAGAUAAGGAAGUUUCAUUGAGCAAAACCAGAGAAUGGGGACAAACUAUAGACUCCGAACACUUGUCGGAACUCACAGAGGAAGAAAUGGAAGUAUCUUUUCUACAAUCACGGAUUCGUGGCUUUGCAAGAUGGGAUCUGAAAUUUUUCAUUCCGUUCUUCACAAGGCGAUUUACGCAACAAGAGUUGAAAGACUGCAAGUCGCAAAUGACAGACUUGACGAAUCAAUGGUACCAAGCUAUCAGAAUCAGUCCAAUAGAAUCGGAUGACGAGGCCACUACGGCAUCGACCGCCCAAUUGAACCUGAAUAUUACUAAAACGGCCAAAGAGCAACCACAUGGAAAGGAGAAGAACGGGCGUCCUAGGCACGGGUCUAUAUUAAAACUGAGGAGGAUUGGUCUGAUUAAAGUCCAUCUUGUUCCCAUUAAUGUUAUGGAUUAUGUUUACUUGUAUUAAUUUUGUUUUAUUAUAU